GUUCCCUGGAUAAACUACACAUGCUAGCUGUUUUUAUUCUGCUGUAUAAUAAACACUGAGACUCGGCUGGUUCUCUGCUUUAAUAUCUAUUUAGUUUAUAAGUAUGUAGAUAACACCCCUGUCAGUGUUCAGGCUGUAAAUCUACACACCAGGACCUUCUGGGUUUUAUUUUAUUGGAGUAUUUGUAACAGCUGUUGCUGUAUGAGGAGCUAGCCUAGCCCCGCGGAUCUUCUCCCUCAGCUCUGGAAUUUAAACUGCAUUAUUUAAAGAUUCCUGUUUUUACUGGUAGAUUUUAUUAUUUUAAUUUGAUAUAUAUUUAGUUUAAAACAUGGCAUCGAUGGCGGCUGCCGAGCCCGGAUUAAACCCAGGACCAAUGUCAGCCACUGAGGCUUUGGUUCCUGCUAGCAUGUUCGCUCCAGCCGGCCGGGGCUGUGGGGACGACGCCGGGGCAGAGUGCUUCGAGGACGGCGAGACGCUCAACGGCGAGGCCGGGGAUUUCUCCAGCAAGUUGGCUCUGGUCAGUCCUAACGGAGAGCAGUAUGACUCGUUACUGCGGCAGUUGCGUGAGCGGAUGGAUGAGGGCUGCGGAGAGACCAUUUAUGUGGUGGGAGUGGGGUCAGACGGAGGAGAUUACGGUCUGAACGACAGUGACAUGGAGGCGUCCGUGGCCACGGUGCAGUCGCUGUGCGAGCAGAUCGAAGCUGACCUCAUCCUCCUGAGAGAGCGUACAGAGAGCGGUGGCCAGGUCCGGGAUUACCUCAUCCGCCGCCGCGUGGGUGAGGCAGAUUUCCUGGAGGUCAGGGUUGCAGUGGUAGGGAAUGUGGAUGCAGGGAAGAGCACACUCCUUGGAGUUCUCACACACGGAGAGCUGGAUAAUGGUCGAGGUUUCGCUCGUCAGAAACUUUUCCGUCACAAGCACGAGCUGGAGAGCGGCCGUACCAGCAGCGUGGGGAACGACAUCCUGGGCUUUGACCGUCAGGGCUGCGUCGUCAACAAACCUGACAGUCACGGUGGCAGUCUGGACUGGACCAAGAUCUGCGAGAAGUCCUCCAAGGUCAUCACCUUCAUCGACCUGGCAGGACAUGAGAAGUACCUGAAGACUACCGUGUUUGGCAUGACCGGCCACCUGCCCGACUUCUGCAUGCUCAUGGUGGGCAGUAACGCAGGUAUAGUGGGCAUGACUAAAGAACACCUGGGCUUAGCGCUGGCUCUCAAUGUGCCCGUGUUUGUGGUGGUCACUAAGAUAGAUAUGUGUCCUGCUAACAUCCUGCAAGAGACUCUGAAGUUGCUGCAGAGGUUACUGAAGUCUCCUGGCUGCAGAAAGAUCCCAGUGCUGGUCCAGAACAAAGAUGACGUUAUUGUCACUGCCUCCAACUUCAGCUCUGAGAGAAUGUGCCCAAUUUUCCAGAUUUCUAAUGUCACAGGGGAGAACAUGGAUCUCCUGAAGAUGUUCCUGAACCUUCUAUCAUCCAGAACUUCGUUUAAAGAUGAUGAGCCAGCCGAGUUUCAGAUAGAUGACACCUAUUCAGUACCGGGUGUAGGGACUGUAGUAUCAGGAACGACAUUACGAGGGUUAAUCCGGCUGAACGACACCAUGCUGCUGGGGCCGGACCCCCUUGGUGCCUUCCUCCCCAUUGCUGUGAAGUCCAUCCACAGGAAGAGGAUGCCUGUGAAGGAGGUUCGAGGAGGACAGACGGCAUCCUUUGCUCUGAAAAAGAUAAAGCGCUCCUCUAUAAGGAAGGGAAUGGUGAUGGUGUCACCACGGUUAAACCCACAGGCAUCAUGGGAGUUCGAGGCAGAGAUCCUGGUGCUCCAUCACCCAACAACCAUCUCACCUCGAUACCAGGCAAUGGUGCAUUGUGGGAGCAUCAGACAGACGGCGACGAUCCUGACCAUGAACCGAGAUUGUUUACGAACAGGAGACAAGGCCACAGUGCACUUCCGCUUCAUCAAAACCCCUGAGUACCUGCACGUGGACCAGAGACUGGUGUUCAGAGAGGGCAGGACCAAAGCUGUGGGCACCAUCACCAAGCUUCUUCAGUCGACAAAUAAUCAGCCGUCAAACUCCAAACCUCCACAAAUCAAGAUGCAGUCCACCAAAAAGGUGGUGAAGAGAGAGGAGGGUCAGACCGCCGGUGGAGACGAGACGCCGGGCAGCGUGACACCGGCCGCAUGCAUACCUCCUCUACAACAGACUGAGGGAGAUGAGGAGACUCAGACUAAAGACUCUAAGCCAAAGUCUGGAGGCAGGCGACGAGGCGGGCAGAGACACAAGGGGAAGGGUCAGUCCAGCACCACAGCGCCCCCUGCCGGUGCGGUCGGAGGCUGUUAAAGCCGCUCCGUUCCGUCACGCUCCAUUUUGUAGCUUAUAGACGAGAUGAAAACUGGCAGCUGCCUCCAUAAUUUAUCUCCAUCUUUCAUUUUGAUCUUGGACCACAGCACUGCUUCCUCCACACAGAACCACCAUGCAGUGUCCGGCACACGCUAACUCGGACACAGCCAAGAGUGUCUUCAAGCUUCACGCCGUCGUUUUUAGGUCUUCUAAAAGAAGCAGAGAAACUGCAUGAUGGUUCUUCGGGUUUUUCUCCGUAUUCUGAAAAUCUCCGCAGCGCUGCCUUGUGUUAAGGAAGAGGAGUGAUGAUGAUGAUGAUGAUGAUGAUGAUGAUGAUGAUGAUGGAAGCUGUUCUGCAUUAAACAUGGCAUUAUGCUCAGAUGAAACAAUUCGUUCUAGUAACCCUUUGUAGACAAAAUUCUGUUGGAGAUUUGUGAUGAUGAUGAUGAAGAGAUCAGAUGAUUAAAAUAAAGAAAAGGUUUCAUCAUGUUCUCUGUAGAGAUGAUUGGAAAUCCUCACACUUUCUAUUCUUGCUCUAGAAUGUUGAAAUACUGCGUUAUUGUUUACAUGUUUGUGAAAAUGCACAGUGUUCCUUCAUUAACACUCGGAACAUAAUAAAGAGACAGAAAAGAA